AAAAAUUGCAAUUUCCCGAUAAAGAAAAGGGCAGACAUUGGCAAUUGUUUGAAGGCAAAGCUAACACAGAGAAAGACAAGAAGACCUAAAUAUCGCUGAGUCAACUCAUUGAAUAUCUGUUACGCCCUAAAUUGCAACUUAGACUUUGAUUCCCAAGCUUUCUCCUCAAUUUUCUUCAGAAUAUUCUGGUUAUCUAUUUGGAACAAAGAACUUAUUCAACUGCCAAAUUCUGUUCCGCUACUCUGAUAGCUAAAAGAGGGAAAGAGCAUGUCACAACAACUAUCUGAGAACCCAUCUAGUAUGCACAUUCAAGAAAAAUCUGAGUCUUAUACCCAGAGAUGGUACUUUACUACAGAAGAAAUAGAAGAUCACUCUCCAUCAAGAAGGGAUGGGAUUGAUUAUGAAAAAGAGUCUCAUCUAAGGAAGUUGUACUGCUCUUUCCUGCAAGAGCUUGGGAUAGAGCUGAAAGUGCCUCAAGUGACAAUAGCUACUGCAAUGAUGUUGUGCCAUCGCUUUUACAUGCGCCAAUCUCAUGCAAAGAACCACUGGCAGAUUGUCGCAACUGUGAGCAUGUUCCUUGCCGGCAAAGCUGAAGAAACACCACGCUGGCUGAGUGAUCUUGUUGUUGUUUCCUACAAGCUUGUAUAUAAAUGGGAUCCAUCAGCUCCACUGAGGAUCAGGCAGAAGGAUAUUUAUGAUAAGGAAAAGGAAUCUGUUGUAGCUGGUGAGAGAAUGCUGCUUGUGACAGUUGCUUUUGAUCUUAACAUCGAACAUCCUUACAAGGCACUUGUUGGUGCUAUGAAGAGGUUGGAAAUUUCUAACAAUGAGAUGGUCAAAGUAGCCUGGAAUUUUGUGAAUGAUUGGAUUCGCACAACACUGUGCUUGCAGUAUAAGCCCCAUUAUGUCGCUGCUGGUUCCAUGUUCCUUGCUGCUAAACUUCUGAAGGUGAAAUUGCCUGCCGAAAAAGGGAAUCCCUGGUGGAUGCAAUUUGACGUUGCUCCGAAGCAGUUAGAAGAGGUUAUUCAAAAGAUGCUUCAGUUACUGGAGCAGAAUCAGAAACAAGUAAUACCAUCCACUUCCAGCAAGUUGUCUGAAUUAAAACCUGUUGCUGGAAAGGCAACAUCAAGCAUUGCAGAGUCUUGUAUCUCAAGUGUGUCAGUUGUUGCACAAGAUUCCAGGAAUAUGGAAUUGGUGGAGACUAGAGGACCAUCUACAUCUGUGACAUCCAAAUUCAGUGAGAAAGCAUCCUGCAACAGCAUCAACACUGUCAAAGAGGAGACAGAGCAUUGGGAGACUAGUGAGUGUGGUAGUGCAAAUAGUGCAGUUGAGGAUGGUCUUUGUCAGCCACUAAAGAAUGAGCGCGGAAAAGAAAUUUGCCAUACUGUCUCUGUUAGUGAUCACAAUGGAAAAUUUGAUAUUGAUCGAAUCAAGGAGAGAUUGAAGAGACGGAAAUUGGAGCAGAGUUCAAUGAAGAAAUCAGCCAUGUAUGACGAGAUCGAUAGUGAGGGCUGGAUUGAGAGAGAGCUGGAAAACUUGGGAUAGUGUCACUUUCUGCUUGUUCAUUGGAUGAAAUAGUUUUUGUGGAAGUAUAAGCAGAAAAGGAAAACAUGAUCACACUUAUAUGAUGCGCUGAAAUUAGGAAGGUGCAGAUGUGAAAACUUUCAGCUAAGAAGUUAGAAAUUCAGAAACUGUUUACCAGCUAUGGUAACAUAUCUCUCUUGGUUCAACUCCUGUUUAGCAGAUAAUGGACUCCAAUACAGGGUCUACUGUGCAUGAUAUUGGUUCUUCAUGCCUUGAUGUUUUUUUAUAUAAAGGGUAUGAUUUUAUGCAA